AUGGGUGGCUGCAUUCCUUUUCUGAAGGCAGCAAGGACACGGUGCCCCAGAAUCAUGCCCCCUUUGCUGUUGUUGUCCGCCUUCAUUUUUUUAGUGAACGUCCUGGGAGGAGCCCCAGGACACAACCCGGACCGCAGGAUGAAAAUGGUAUCAAUACACAGCCUCUCAGAGCUGGAGCGUCUGAAGCUGCAAGAGACUGCUUACCACGAACUCGUGGCCAGACAUUUCCUCCCUGAAUUUAAACCUGACCGAGCUCUGCCUAUUGACAGUCCAAACACCUUGGAGAAGUGGUUUCUUAUCCUUAGAGGACAUCAGAGGGACUCCUCGGUCCAAUCACUCAAGACGUUUGGCAUUCGUCUGGAAGAGGUGCUGAUGAAUGAGCUUACCCGCGGCAAGCAUCUUGAACUAAGAGCCACGAUGCAGAUUGAAGAAUCUAUGGGUCAGGCUGCCGGCCGUCGUCGGGGAAACGUAGUGCAAAGGAUGUUUGGCCGCAUCAGGCGCUUUUUCAAUCGCAGACGGGAUGAGCCCUCCUUGCCCCGAGAGUUCACUCGCCGUGGACGCAGAGGUGCAGUAUCUGUGGAUAGCCUGGCUGAACUGGAGGAUGGGGCCCUGCUGCUUCAGACCCUGCAACUUUCCAGGAUUUCCUUUCCAAUUGGCCAAAGACUUCUGGGAUCCAAAAGGAAAAUGAGCCUCAAUCCGAUUGCUAAACAAAUUCCCCAGGUUGUAGAGGCUUGCUGCAACUUCAUUGAGAAACAUGGAUUAAGCACAGUGGGGAUUUUCACCCUGGAAUACUCUGAGGAAAGGGUGCGUGAGCUCCGUGAAGAAUUUGAUCGAGGUCUGGAUGUAGUGUUGGAUGACACUCAGAAUGUGCAUGAUGUUGCUGCACUCCUCAAGGAGUUUUUCCGUGACAUGAAGGACUCUUUGCUGCCAGAUGAUCUGUACAUGUCCUUCCUCCUGACAGCAACUCUGAAGCCACAGGAUCAACUUUCUGCCCUGCAAUUGCUGGUUUACCUGAUGCCACCCUGCCACAGUGACACCCUGGAGCGUCUGCUGAAGGCCCUGCAUAAAGUUACUGAGAACUGCGAAGACUCCAUUGGCAUUGAUGGACAGCUGGUUUCUGGCAACCGAAUGACUUCCACCAAUUUGGCUUUGGUGUUUGGAUCUGCUCUCCUGAAGAAGGGGAAAUUUGCCAAGAAAGAAUCCAGGAAAACAAGACUGGGGAUUGACCACUAUGUUGCUUCUGUCAAUGUGGUCCGUGCCAUGAUUGAUAACUGGGAUAUCCUCUUCCAGGUGCCUCCUCAUAUUCAGAGGCAGGUUGCUAAGCGUGUGUGGAAAUCCAGCCCCGAAGCCCUUGAUUUUAUCCGACGCAGGAAUUUGAGGAAGAUCCAGAGUGCACGUAUAAAGAUGGAAGAGGAUGCUUUACUUUCUGAUCCAGUGGAAAACUCUGCUGAAGCCCGGGCUGCUGUCCUUGGUCAAAGCAAGCCCUUUGAUGAAGGUUCCUCUGAGGAGCCAGCUGUGCCUCCCGGCACUGCCUGUUCCCAUGAUGACGAGGAAGGAGCGGGUAACCCCCCCAUUCUGGAGCAAGACCGCCCAUUGUUCCGUGUGCCCCGGGAGAAGGAGGCCAAAACUGGCAUCAGCUACUUCUUUCCUUAGCUGUUUUUCCUUCUAUAAGGCGCCAGACAGGGGAAAAGGGUGGGGGUAGACCUGGGAUGUCACAGGAAACAUUAAAGAGUGUGUCUUGAAGGUAAAGAUCUGAGGGUGAGAAGGAGUUCCACCUGAUGCUCGGGUCAGGCUGAGAAGUCCAAACACACUGCCAGCCCCUUCACUGGGGAUGCUUGGUCCCUUCAGCUGGUAAAAACAGGUGUUUCUGUGUCAGGCCCAGGCUCCCUGGUGCUACCUUGCCUUUCUCUUUUACCCCUGGUCCUGGCUUUGCAACAUUACAGCCCUUACUUUAAUUGAUGUGACAUUUGUGAUAAAUACCUGUCCCAGAGAAGCUCACAAAUCUCGAGGUGCUUUCCCUCCCCCAAAGGGGAUUGCAUGUUUUUCCUGACUUUCCUACCCUUCUCCCAAGAGCUCCAUUGGAAAGGCCCUCAAGAGGCAUGCUAGGAUGUUAGGUCAGCUUACUGACAACUAACAAACAAUGCUAAACCAUGUCACAGCAACUCAUAGCCGUGUCCCUGCAGCAACUCCACAACCUCAGAAUAGUUUAUUUCCCCAAAUUUUUUAGACCAGUGGCUCGUGAAACAGCCACUCCUAAAAUAUGUGCAGUUUUGCUCAAGUAAAGCCAACAGGGUGAUCUUAAAUGUAAGUGUAAUUAGCUUUUCUUUGGUCAAAAGUUAGAGGAAAAAAUCAAUUUUAUUACCUAGAUUUGCUUUACAGAUAGCUGGUGUUCUCACCAAGUUGUCAGCAAAAACAGCUAGUUAGGGAUGGAUAUAUUUCCAAGUAGUAAAAGUCACCUGAUUACAAAUGUUCUUAUCUAUUGUCUCUAUAGUUGCCUUAUGCAGGAUUGUACAAAUUUGUGGGACAUGCUCUGGUAACACACAGAUAUGGGUUAUGUAUGACAUCCAAAACUAUAGCUGAUACUGAGGGAUAACAACUGCUAAGGUCCAUAGAAUGAUGAAUGUAUUGUAUUGAGGGACAGAAAUUGAUCACACAUUGGGUAACAACCACAGAGCUCGAAGAU